ACUUUUCUGCUCGUUAGAAUCCUUAUUCUUUCCAUCUGUUUUAGAUCCGGUCGUCCUGAUGAUUGGCGCAUUCCCAGAUCCAAUCGAUUCAUUUAUUUCGUCCUCUUUCACCCCUUGUUAUGUACAUUCGCACCUCCUGAAGCAACUAGUAAGGAACGAAUCUUAAAACAUGGGAGACUCUUCGAGUUCAACCUCUAGGAGCAGUAAAAAUGAUACCGAAGAUGAUCGGAUGAUUGCUCUUAUGUUAUCUGAAGAGUAUUCUAAACUAGACGGUGCAGUCGGCAGACGCCUCUCAAAUCUUGCUCCUGUCCCUCAUGUUCCACGAAUAAAUUGUUAUAUUCCCAACUUAAAUGAUGCCACCUUGGAUCACCAACGCCUUCUUCAAAGGUUAAAUGUUUACGGUUUGUGUGAGUUGAAAGUCUCUGGUGAUGGAAACUGCCAGUUCCGAGCAGUUUCUGACCAGUUAUACCGAUCUCCAGAGUACCACAAGCAAGUUAGGAGAGAAGUUGUUAAACAGCUCAAAGACUGUCGCUCUAUGUAUGAAAGUUAUGUUCCGAUGAAAUACAAACGAUAUUACAAGAGGAUGGGAAAACUUGGAGAAUGGGGAGACCAUAUUACCUUACAAGCUGCAGCAGAUAGGUUUGCAGCAAAGAUAUGCCUACUGACAUCCUUUAGAGACACUUGUUUCAUUGAAAUUAUACCUCAAUACCAAGCACCUAAGCGUGAGUUAUGGUUAAGUUUCUGGUCAGAGGUGCAUUAUAACUCUUUAUACGAUAUUCAAGCUGUUCCAGUUCAGCAUAAGGCAAAGAGAAAACAUUGGUUGUUCUAGAAGGCACGCCACCAUAUCAAGACCCAUUAACUAUUUUUCAGUCAGUUUUGUGUAUAAGUUGACACUCUCAUACAACAAAACUCUUCCUUUACAGAUCUGUAUACAUAAGAACUAGCUUGAGCUGUAACAUUUUUAAACCGAAUAUGAUGAUAGGGUCGGACCGAGGCAAAGAAAAUAUGACAGUUUCAAUAACCUUAGUGGAAACUCUGGCAUUCAAUGGGCCCUUUUUAAAGCUUGUCAGCAGCCAUAAGGGAUGUUUUCGAUUGGUAUGAAACCUGGAUUGUCAUGAA